AGAGGUGACAGCUGCAGCACCUUCUUCUGCAGCCAGUCACAGGUCGUCCCGGACCAUGUUUUCCAGCCUGCAGAGGUGGGACACCCGUGGCUCUUACAAGCAAGUCCCGGGGAUGUUAGAUGCACAGAAAUGCGGUUCAGAAAAAAGUGCUUCAUUCUUCAGUAAGGUGACAUAUUCCUGGUUUAGCAGUCUAAUUACUUUAGGCUAUAAGAAACCUUUGGAAAGAGAAGAUCUUUUUGAAAUAAAUGACAGUGAUUCCUCCUACGUUGUGUAUCCCAUCUUUGAAAAACAAUGGAGGAAGGAAGUUUUAAGGAAUCAAGAAAGGCAAAAAGUAAAGGCAUCUUUUUGUAAAGAAGCAUGUACCAGAAAACCAUCUCUACUUUAUGCAUUGUGGAACACUUUUAAGUCUGCCCUGAUUCAAGUUGCUUUAUUCAGAGUAUUUGCUGAUAUUUUGUUUUUCACUAGCCCACUCAUAAUGAAGCAAAUGAUCAUUUUCUGUGAACACAGCUCAGAUUUUGGCUGGAUUGGCUAUGGUUAUGCAGUGGCACUUUUUGUUGUAGUCUUUUUGCAAACCCUGAUCCUUCAGCAAUAUCAACGUUUUAACACACUCACCUCAGCAAAAAUUAAAACAGCUGUAAUUGGACUGAUCUACAAAAAGUCCCUACUUUUGUCAAAUGUUUCUCGAAAAAAGUUUUCUACUGGCCAAAUUAUUAACUUGAUGUCAGCAGAUGCCCAGCAGCUCAUGGACUUCACAGCAAACCUCAAUCUCCUAUGGUCAGGCCCUUUUCAAAUUCUGAUGGCCAUAUAUCUCCUUUGGCAAGAGCUGGGUUCAGCAGUAUUAGCAGGGGUGGCUGUCCUUGUGUUCGUUAUACCAAUAAAUGCAUUAGCUGCAACUAGAGUAAAAAAGCUGAAGAAAAGCCAAAAAAAGAACAAAGAUAAACAGAUAAAACUACUCAAAGAAAUCUUACAUGGAAUUAAGAUCCUCAAGCUUUAUGCUUGGGAACCCUUCUAUCAAAAUAAGAUUAUUGAAAUUCGAGAUGAGGAAUUGGAAUUUCAAAAAUCAGCUAGAUAUCUUACUGUAUUUUCUAGGUUGGCGUUAACUUGCAUUCCGUUUUUGGUGUCCCUGGUGACCUUUCGUGUCUAUUUCUUACUGGAUGAAGAAAACAUUUUAACAGCUACUAAAGUGUUCACAUCUAUGUCUUUGUUUAAUAUUUUAAGAAUUCCUCUGUUUGAAUUACCACAGGUGAUCUCAACAGUGGUCCAGACAAGAAUAUCAUUGGAUCGUUUGGAAGACUUUCUCAAUGAUGAGGAGCUUCUUCCUCAAAAUAUUGAAACAAACUACAUAGGAGAUCAUGCCAUUGGUUUUACAAAUGCUUCUUUCUCCUGGGAUAAAACAGGGAUUCCAGUACUAAAAGACUUGAACAUAAAGAUUCCAGAAGGAGCUUUAGUGGCUGUGGUAGGGCCAGUUGGGUCUGGAAAAUCAUCUGUGCUUUCUGCCAUUCUGGGAGAAAUGGAGAAACUUACAGGAGUUGUCCAAAGAAAGGGCUCUGUGGCUUAUGUUUCUCAGCAGGCCUGGAUUCAGAAUUGCGUUUUGCAAGAAAACAUUCUUUUUGGCUCUGUCAUGCAGAAGCAGUUUUAUGAGCGAGUGUUGGAAGCCUGUGCUCUCCUUCCCGAUUUGGAGCAGUUACCAAAUGGAGAUCAAACUGAGAUUGGAGAAAGAGGUGUGAAUAUAAGUGGGGGCCAGAAGCAUCGAGUCAGUCUGGCUAGAGCUGUCUAUAGUGGGGCUGACAUCUACCUCCUGGAUGAUCCCUUGUCUGCCGUUGAUGUUCAUGUUGGAAAGCAGCUUUUUGAAAAAGUGAUAGGGUCCCUGGGCCUUUUGAAAGACAAGACUCGUAUUUUAGUGACAAACAACCUCACACUACUGCCACAAAUGGAUCUUAUUGUUGUAAUGGAAAGUGGAAGAGUAGCACACAUGGGAACAUACCAGGAGCUCAUCUCUAAAACCAAAAGCCUCACUAAUUUGCUUGAGGUCUUCAGUGAACAAGAAAAAGCUCAUGCUCCAAAGCAAGUCAGUGUAAUUAACUCCAGAACUAUCCUGAAAGAACAAAUCCUGGAGCAAAAAGAUAGGUCCUCUUUGGAUCAAGGAAAACAGUUUUCAAUGAAAAAAGAAAAUAUUCCUACAGGUGGAGUGAAGUUCUCAAUUAUUCUGAAGUACCUCCAAUCCUUCAACUGGCUGUGGGUGUGGCUGGUUCUGGUCACUUACCUCGGGCAGAAUUUGACCAGCAUUGGACAGAAUCUAUGGCUCAGUGCCUGGGCAAGAGAAGCCAAACACAUGAAUGAAUUCACAGAAUGGAAGCAAAUAAGAAGCUAUAAACUUAAUAUCUAUGGAUUAUUAGGAUUAAUACAAGGUCUCUUUGUCUGCUCUGGAGCCUAUGUGGUCACCAAAGGAUCCCUGACUGCCUCGCGGACCAUGUAUGCUCAGCUGUUGAAUAACGUGCUGCACCUCCCACUGCAGUUUUUUGAAACCACCCCCAUAGGCCAGAUCGUCAGUCGCUUCACCAAGGACAUGUUUGUAAUUGACACACGUUUCCAUUACUAUUUCCGAAUGUGGAUGAAUUGUACAUUGGAUGUUGUUGGAACAGUUUUGGUCAUUGCGGGAGCUUUGCCACUCUUCAUUCUGGGGAUUAUUCCCUUGGUUUUCUUCUAUUUCUCUAUACAAAGAUAUUACAUGGCAAGCUCUCGGCAGAUUCGGCGGUUGGCAGGAGCUUCCCGUUCUCCUAUCAUCUCCCACCUUAGUGAGACUCUAUCAGGAGUGUCCACUAUCAGAGCGUUUGGACACGAGCACAGAUUCAUUCAGCAAAACAAAGAGGUGGUGAAUGAGAACUUGGUCUGUUUCUACAAUAACGUAAUUUCAAACAGGUGGCUGUCUGUUAGACUUGAAUUUCUUGGCAACAUAAUGGUAUUUUUUGCUGCAUUGCUUGCUGUGCUGGCUGGCAAUUCUAUAGAUUCAGCAAUAGUUGGUUUAUCUAUAUCCUAUGCCCUAAAUAUUACUCAUUCUUUGAAUUUUUGGGUAAAGCAAGCAUGUGAAAUUGAAAGCAAUGCAGUUUCCAUUGAAAGAGUUUGUGAAUAUGAAAAUAUGGAUAAAGAGGCACCUUGGAUAAUGUCUAGAAGGCCUCCAUUACAAUGGCCCAAUAAGGGGAUAGUAGAAUUUAUUAAUUAUCAGGCUCGAUAUCGAGAUGAUCUUGGUUUAGCAUUACAAGAUAUCACUUUCAAGACUCGCGAGGAAGAGAAGAUUGGAAUUGUGGGAAGGACUGGAGCAGGCAAAUCAACACUAUCAAAUUGCUUAUUUAGAAUUGUGGAGAGAUCAGGAGGCAAAAUUAUCAUUGAUGGAAUUGAUAUAUCCACUAUUGGACUUCAUGACCUUCGUGGCAAACUUAAUAUUAUUCCACAGGACCCUGUUUUAUUUUCUGGAACCCUUCAAAUGAACCUGGAUCCCCUGAACAACUGUUCUGAUAGUGAGCUGUGGGAGGUGCUGGAAUUGUGCCACUUGAAAGAGUUUGUGCAGUCCCUUCCUGAGAAGCUGCUGCAUAAGAUUUCAGAGGGUGGUGAGAACCUCAGCGUGGGACAACGGCAGCUUGUGUGUCUUGCUCGCGCUUUGCUUCGAAAAACAAAAAUUCUCAUUUUGGAUGAGGCAACAGCCUCCAUUGAUUUUAAGACUGAUAGCUUGGUGCAGACCACGAUAAGGAAGGAGUUUUCUGAUUGCACCAUCCUGACGAUUGCUCACAGACUGCAUUCUAUCAUUGAUGCAGACAGGGUGCUUGUUCUAGACUCUGGAAGGAUUAUGGAAUUUGAAGCACCACAGAAUUUGAUAGAUCAGAAAGGACUUUUCUUUGAAAUGGCAACAGAAGCUGGAAUAACACCAGACUCCAGGACAAAAAAAUAAUUUUAGUUGCAUGUCUAUUAUACCGAAUUAAAAAAACUAAAGUGCAUUAGUAUUUAAAAAAACAAUUAUAGGGGAGAUAUGAACAAAGGCAGGCCCCUGGGGACAAGCUGGCACAUACAUACCAAUAAGCAGCAGUUUCCCAUCCUGGGCUAUCCCGAGUCUUCCCUCCUCCAUUCAUGCCUGCCUUCUCUGCAUUGCCAAAAUUACUAAAUGCCACUUAUCCUUU